AAGAGAUCCCCUUCCUUCUGCUCUUCCCCCCUCCUGCCCACUCAUCAUUCUCUUCGCAUUCUCUCUGGUUAUUCUUGACCCCCCGGAGAGUCCGAUUUGCGCGUAAUUUUUCGUCAGCGCAAGGAGAAUUUUUUACUGUAUUUCUCGAUGAUGUUUUGGAUGGAUUUGGAUUAUUUGGUCAAAAAAGGAGUUAGUACUUUUGUUGUUGUUGUUGUUGUUGUUGUUGUUGCAAUAUCUCAUCUUCCUUCCCUGCGAGGAAUUUUCAUAUCUUGCUUUUAAGAGAGGGCCCUGUUCUAGAUACUUCUUUUUUAUUUAUUUUUAUUUUUGGGAGGAUACGAACCACAAACUCUUUUAGAGGCUUCCAGAACAACAUGGGCCAGAUACUAUAGUUAGCUAGAGCUACCAAACAUGCUUGGGAGCCACAGUGCCAGAUUCAGAAAUAUUGGCCCUUGCUAUACUAGGAAAAGGAUGGCCUGGAUUCAUCUUGCUUGCCAAUCAAUAAUGGGCAGUCGUCGGAUGUUGUCAAAUCUCCGAUGAUGGAUGAUUCAAUUGCAAUGCAAUCCAAGGAAGAGGGUAUGGGUGAUGAGCAUCCUGUCAAGGCUAGGAAGCCCUAUACGAUAACGAAGCAGCGGGAGAAGUGGACGGAAGAAGAGCAUGAGAGGUUCCUGGAAGCAUUGAAGCUGUAUGGUCGGUCCUGGCGUCAGAUACAAGAACACAUUGGCACAAAGACCGCUGUCCAAAUUCGAAGCCAUGCUCAGAAGUUUUUCUCAAAGGUGGUGCGUGAACCUGGAGCUAAAAUUGAGAUCGAGAUCCCUCCCCCUAGGCCAAAGCGGAAACCACUGCAUCCAUAUCCUCGCAAGCGGGCAAAUUCCUGCAAUGGGGCAAAUCCAGCAGCUGGACAGCCGAAGAUUGCUCCUCUUUCAUCUUCAUCUGGUUCUGACCAAGAGAAUGGUUCUCCUGUGUCAGUACUAUCUGCAAUGCAGGCCGAUGCUUUUGGAUCAUCAAUGUCCAAUCCGUCAACUCAGUGUAGCUCCCCAGCGUCAUCAGAUGAUGAGAAUAAUGUUCCUCCACUGAUGAGUGGAGAUGAAAAUGUGCCUUGUCAACAAACAGGGGUAGAUCAAUCCCACAAGGAAAUCGAUCAAGACAACAAAGAUACGGGUAUGUCUGAAGAGGAUUCUUCAGAUGAGGUUCAGGAAACAAGUUUGAAGCUGUUUGGGAAGACAGUUGUGAUCACAGAUCCCAGGAAAAGAUGUUCGCCAGAUGCGGGACAUGAAAACGGUGAGCAAAACUCACAAUCCUCUAACCAAAGGACAUCACAGUCCCCCCCAGUCGGAGAGGUUCCAGCAUAUACUGCGACGAGCGGAUGGCUUCUUCCCUACAACUCGUUUCCGCUUCAUUUCUGUGAAUCAGCAGAUACUAGAAUGGCCCCUUUACACAUGUAUUGGCCCUACUAUGGAUUUCCUAUUGGUCAUCCAAGAGGAGGAACUAAUAUGGUGGUGCAUAACGAGGCUACCAAUGAGAAUGAUACCGGGAAAAGCCAUCCGGUUGAAUCAAGCUCGGACACUGAGGACAAUGAUCAGACAGCCAGCAAGAAGCGGGAAGUAACAGAACCGCAUGGAAGGAUUCAGUUCUCAUGGUUGACCCCGAACUUUGAGCUAAAACCAAGCACGAACUCGGCGUUUGUAAGAGUGAAGCCGAACAGCGGUGGGAAUCAACCGUCAAGGGGGUUCAUGCCUUACAAAAGAUGCAGGGUUGAAUAACAGAAGUGGAGCGGAGAAAUUUCUCCACAGCUAAUUUUAACUAGGGAACUGUAGGAGCUUGUUCCACAUAUUCUUGCUCCGAUGUACUUUUAGUCUUUACUUGCAGAGAUUGGUGCGCCUUGAAGAGAAGGUGCAGGCAGUCGCUAGGCUGAAGGAAAGGUUCUAUAGGGAUGCCAAUCUCUCCCUCUUUCUCAUGUUGUAAAAGCAAGAUUCUUGUUGAAAGCUGUUGAUUCCUAACGGAUACCAAUUUCUGAAUGACUGUCAAGAGAAGAAUAUGAAUAUUUUCUGAACAAUCGUUGUACUUUUGUCAA